GCCACUGCUCUUGUUGCAGCUCUUGUAGCUUGAAUCCAAAGGGGAGGCUGAGCCAAGCCAAGCCAAACCGAGGUCUACGGCGAAGGGCACAAGCAGCACAAAGCACAAGCUUUCACGAACGCGGAAACCCAAAGCUCCACUCCACUUGCGCUGAAGAGUUUGGGGCUUGAGCUGGUGGCACCAUAAAUGUCUCCGUUAACGUAAAAAAUAUAUAAUCCCUGUGCGAGCGGCUUGUUGUAGACCCAGAAUUCAAGUCGAGAUGUCCUGCCAGGGAUUCAUCCAAUGUAUUCUGAAGUUGAUCAAUUUUUUGGUAACGUUGGUUGGGGCCCUCAUGAUAGUAUACUCACUUUGGAUGCUAAAAGAAUGGAGCUCCUUUGGCCCUCAUGAUCAAGAGACACUUGUUAAUGCUCCUGCGCUUUUAUCAGGCGGGGAUAUAAGUAUGUCAUCUGAUGGGGUUCAACUUACUGAAGGGUUUAUGGUGGAACCUAUUGCAAGGCCUCUCUUGAAAGAAGGCUUAUACAUAUCAAAACUUCCUGCUCCUUGGUUUAUUUACGCAUUCUUCGGUGCCGGGGCUAUCACUUGCUUUGUCUCCUUGACGGGACAUAUUGCAGCUGAGUUGAGCAACAGCUUCUGUCUUUCAUGUUAUAGUGUACUUCAAAUUCUGCUUCUAUUGGCACAAUUCGCAGUUGCUGGAGCUCUUUUCUUUGAUCGGCAUUGGCGAGAGGAUAUACCAGAGGAUCCCACCGGGGAGUUGGACAAAGUUCAAGAAUUUGUAUUGAACAAUCUAGAUAUCUGCAAGUGGGUUUCGUUAGGUGUGGUGGUCCUAGAAGCACUUGGCUUAUUCUUCGCAUUUAUACUCCGGUCUAUCUCUUCGAGUGCACGGAGAGACUACGACAGUGACGAAGAUUACAUGGUGGCCAGGUCAGCUCCCCGCCGACCUGUAGUCGACCGGCAGGCAAAUCAGCCUCCCCCUGCAUCGGGUUCUGGGGCUGCAACAGAAGCUCGACCUCCUCGUAGUGAUGCUUGGAGCACAAGGAUGCGGGAAAAGUAUGGCUUGGACACAACUGAGUUCUCAUCUAAUUCACCUGACAUGAGGAGAUUACCAAAUCAGACACCAGGGGCAGAGGAGCAGCAGAGUCGUUGCAUCAUAAUGUAGACUACGUCUAGUUUGCCACCUUUCAGAAUUUACACCAAGCUCUUGUUUGGUGCUUCUUGCAAGAAGAAUGCUUUUAGUUGUCAAUCUCUUCUAUUCUCUACAUGAACUAUUGCUUUUUGCUGCUCAAAAACUGUUGAGAGUAGAAUUGUUUGAUUAGAAGGCUUUCGGAAGGUGAACAAGGCCGUGUUGCAUAUCGGAUCUUUGUAUGGCAAAUGUUUUGUCAAAUUGUUGGACUUUAGUGUCCAAAUGUCAGGAUGUUAGACAUUAGAGGCUUUUUCAACACCUCCUGUUGUAUAGAACCGUGUUGUCUUCUACAUAUUAGUCCAUAUGGUCAUAACAAGUGGUCAUAGUGGAUGUGCUUCUAAGUUCAGUCCUGUGGGACAAAUUGUCUUUUCUCCACCUAAUAAAAGCAAGUUUAGCCGAAGCGAA